ACACGGCGUCUCCGGGGGGCGGGGCUUAGACACGGCUGCGUGCAAAAAACGACGCUGGAAGCCGGAUAUGGAUUGGAUGCGGACGCAUUCACCUGCACCGAUAAUGUCAAAUGCUAGGGUACAUUGGUUUCGUUGUCUUUUAUUUACCAUUCUCCUCAGUACUGCGCUGACGGCAGAGGUCUCCCUGUGGAAUGUCUACCUGAACUCGUCGCAAGAUGUGGUCUUCCGGAAGACCUUGUAUGCAAACACUACUAUUUACAUGAAUUUCCUGGGGCCGGCGGAGUCUGCGCCUUGUGACGCAAACCUGGCCUUCAACAUCAGCUGGUACCUCCGCUCCUCCGUGUGUUACAACGAAGUCUUCAACACCCCGGACAACAAAGCGAUCAACAUGUUUGGUCUGGAGAGCAUGCUGAAGGACGACUGGAGCGGCUACUACAGCCAGGGAUACAUGUACUUCGACAACUGCUCCUCUCUCUUCCUGCCCAAGGUGUACCACGGAGACUUCAACAGCUACCAGCCCCUCUCCCCACCCAGGAGCGAUCCCUCCAACCAGACUCUGAUAUGGAUGGAUAAACCGGACAUCGGUGCGGUGGCCAAGGCGUGGGAGGACGGCCCGUAUCUGUUCAUCGUGAAGGUCCAGCCCAUUUUGCGCCGCGGGGAAGACGUGGAGGACAGCACCUUCUCCUUCACAAUGAAAGUGGAGAUGAAGGGAUCACAUGACUAUUCGUCCCCUGCUGAUUGGCCGCUGAUGAUGUUCUUCAUGGUCAUGUGCAUCGUGUACGUGCUGUUCGGCGCCCUGUGGCUGUUCUGGUCGGCCUGCUACUGGCGGGACCUGCUGCGGAUCCAGUUCUGGAUCGGGGCCGUGAUCAUCCUGGGCAUGCUGGAGAAGGCCGUGUUCUACUCGGAGCACCAGAGCAUCCGCUACCAAGGAGACUUCGUGAUAGGUGCUGCGAUAUUCGGCGAGUUGCUUUCUGCCCUGAAGAGGUCUUUAGCCCGAAUCCUGUUCCUCAUCGUCAGUCUGGGCUACGGCAUCGUCAGGCCCCGGCUGGGCACCACAGUGCACCGGUUAGCGGCGGUGGGCCUGCUCUACCUCCUCUUCUCCUCCGUGGAAGGAGUGCUCCGGGUCACCGGCGGCUUCAACGGUACGGUGGCCUUGGUGGCUAACCUCAGCCUCUCCCUGAUCGACUCCUGCGUCAUGUGGUGGAUCUUCAUCAGCCUGUCUCAGACCACCCGCCUGCUGAAGCUCCGCAGGAACGUGGUCAAGCUGUCGCUCUACCAGCACUUCACCAACACCCUCAUCUUCUCCGUGGUCGCCUCCAUCAUCUUCAUCAUCUGGACCACCAAGGUCUUCAAGAUGGUGGAAUGCCAGACGGGCUGGAGGGACCUGUGGGUGGACGACGCCUUCUGGAGGCUGCUCUUCUCCACCAUCUUGCUGGUCAUCAUGGUGCUGCUCCGGCCCUCCGCCAACAGCCAGAGGUUUUCCCAUUCACCUCUGAUCGAUGAAGACGAUGACGAAGAGGAGGCCAAGGAACCCAUGUUGAAUGAAGCGUUCGAGGGGAUGAAGAUGAGGGGCUCCAAGCCAGACACCAACGGCUCCCAGAAGCUGCUGAGCAAAGAGGAUGAGGAUCUCAAGUGGGUGGAGGAGAACAUCCCCACCACCGUGGCGGACGUAGCUCUGCCUGUGAUGCUGGACGAGGAAGAGGAAAUCCUCAAAACCAAAAUGGAGAGAUCCAAAAUGGAGUAGGAGCGGCAGCUGAGAGGUCGUGACCGGAGAGACGCCCAAAGGCAUCGCAGCGGCCGGGAAUGAAAAGGCAAAGUAACGGAGACGGCAUGGAGUGGCUGUCAUGUAAAUGAGAAACCAAAAAAAAAAAAGAAUAUGAUUUGGACACAGCCUGUGGUUCCUAUUUUAUAUUAUUAAUGUUAUUAUUUAUAUAUUUUUUUGUAUUUUGGGAGCUAUGUGCCACUGGGCGUGGUUCUUGGUUAGCCUGUCGUUGGCUUCCACUCUCGUACGGCCUGAAGGUUUCUACUGCAAGACGUAGAUUAAAUCACAACCCAUUAAGCUACUCAUUCAUAUCACCUGUUUUGUUUGGCACCAAGUCGGCAAGUUUAUUUAUUAGUUAAUUUAUUCACCUUUCAACCCCAAACACACUCAGGCUCCACUGAUUUAAAUAACUGGAAAUAACUGGUAGGAAAUAACGCUCUCACUGCUCUCCCUACGUUGCACAUACGACUUGGUGGCCAACCGAGAAACCGUAACAGAAUGUACAAACCUCUGAAGGAUCCUAUGGGCAAUUUAUUCACUGGGCGGAAAUCUUCUGAUAUAUCUACUUCCUGUUGUUAAAUGUUGUGGUAAAAUAAACAGAUUUGCACUACAACGUUGGACAUAAUGCACAUGAUUGAGAACUUUUCUUUCUACAAUUAAUAUAUUUUUAAUUUCCUAAUGCAGCACGCUGUUAACUGCAGUGGUCCCCUGACAGAAACGGGUUCUGUAAAUGUGCCGCUGGGUGAAAUAUUAGGUUGAAGAUGAUUGGUUAUAUUUGUACUGUGACCUCGCUGCUGGUGCUGAACCUGAGUUGGUUGUAUUUGUUGCGACGCAGAUGUUCUGAGGUUAGAGCAAUGUGUUUGACUUCCUGGUUUUGGCAUGGCAAAAAUAAGAAGUCAAUGUUUUCCAUUUGACCCUUGACCCCCAAAUCGCCCCUUCUUCGUCAAUCAAGGGAUACCUGUAUAAUAGUCUGGCUUAUAAAAACCUCCUGAAAUCUGCUCUAAAUUGUGAUGUGUUGCACAGAAUGAUACAUGACUUGGUCGUCAUCGCUAUGGCAUUCUUUAGAAUUCUUCACUUUCUACAAAGGCUAACGUUUAUUUACGUCUUAAUUGUGUGUCGGAUGGUCUUGUCGCAAUUUAACCCAUGCUUGGCCGAUCUCUAUACUGUAUAUGAGCACUCACCCUAUUGUAACAGAAAAAGGGAAUCUUGAUCAUCCUGUAAUUAAUCAGGUCUGUCUGACUUCAUUUGACAAUAUUUUAUAUUUAUUUCUCUGUCUUCACUAAAGACACUCCUCCUAAACUGGAUGAAUCAUAUGCCGUCCUUCUGCACUCGUCAGAAUAUGUGUGGGCUUUUGGUGUAUAUUUAUGUUUAAUCUUAUUUUCAUUUGACUUGUUUCUAGAGGAAUUCGAGCUCUUGAUUCUGGUUGUCUCUCCAAGUUGUUAUUAACAAUUGAAUGAUAUUGUAUGGCUUUUAUUUGUUUGUCCUGGAGUAAAGUUUUUAUUGAAACCUA